ACAUUGUUUUACAUUGUUUAUUGUAUCUACGUGAUUUUGCUACCAUGACAGCGGUAAUAAGGAGAUAUAUGGAGGCGAGGGAUGCAACCCCCGCAAUUCAUAUCACAGGCAGGCCCAAAUUUAAUGUGGAGGUCGACGAGAAAUUUAUGUACCAAAGAGCCAAAUACUAUUGUGCUACCACAAACGAAAUGGAUCUCCGCAGCACCGAGAUGUCCAAGGAUAAUAGUCUGCGGCAGCGUGCCGCCUUCGUCGAGGAAACAAUGUCUGAUGAGCUGAAGAAACUGAAACACAAAGAGUUCAUCGAUCGAAAGCGGCGUCAACAGUUGCGCAACGAUUGCGAGGAGCUGCGGGAAAUUGCGGAGCAAUUGCGAUUGGCAGCUAUAACAAAGGACCUCGACGAUAGCAUUGUGGAAAUGAAUAAACACCGACAGUUGGCAAAAAAUGCCCAAAUGCUGGAAUUUCAACGUGUCGAGGCCGAGAGGCAACAGCAGUUGGCCAGCCAAGUUGAGCAGGAGUUGCACAAGAAGGAGCAGCAAAAAGAGCUGCUUGCGUCGCUCUCAACGCAAAUUGAAGAGACGCGUAAUCGUCGCCAGCAACAAUAUGUGCAAUCGCUGACGGAACGCGAGGAACUUAUAGCCAUGCAGCGACAAAUCGAGGAGGAGGACAGAUUGCAGCAACUGGAGCUCGAGCGGCAGAAGCAGAAGAAACGCAACGAUAUGAUCAAGCUCAUUGAACAGCAGCGGGAAUACAAGGAGCUGCAAAGGGCGCAGUCCAACGAGGACAUUGCAAAGGUGUUGCAGAAUCAAUCGGAGAUGCUUGAGCAACAGGACAGAAUAGAUCAGGCCAGGCUUGCAGCUCAGCGUAAGCAGGAGCAGAUUAGUUUGCGCAUUGGUCAACAGGUCUUUGAAAUUGAGGAUCGGAAACGGCAACGUGACAAUUUGUUGCUGGAUCUGCUGCAGGCAGAGUACAAAGCCAAGGACGAUGAACGCUAUCGGCAGCAGCUCGAGCAGGAGCAAUUGGAGCGUCGUCGUGCCCGUGAGGAAUUGGAACGGUAUCGCGCUGAGGUCGCUGAGCGGGAUAUGGAGCAAGCGCGCCUCAAGCUGGCAAAUGCAGUGCACCAAAACGUCGACUGCACCACAAUGCAAGAGAUUAAGGAGCGGGAACUGCAGGAGCGUUUGCGACGGAAAGAGCAUGGUGCCCUACUGCUCUCUAUGAUUGAAGAGAACCAUCGCAAACGUGCCGAUGCAGCGGCGGAAAAUAUGAAAUUCUUCGAAACGAAAGCCAAAUCAGAGGCUGAGCUGCAGCAGCGCAUUCGCGAGGAGCGUCUCGAGAUGCUGGGCUCCGUGCCACCGUCGGUGCUGAAAUAUCUACCAAAGCACGUGCUUUCCGAGUCGGAUCGCAAGUAUUUCAAUAUAGACAACAAAACAGUUAGCGCGACUGCAAAAGGGCAGCAAAGAUUCAAGUAAUUUAAGACCAAGGCUAUUGUAAAUUUAAAAUUAUGCUUCAACUUGUUCGUGUAUAUUUAGUUUGUUCUGGCAAAAUCCUUAGUUGACAUUUCAAAUACAGGCGCCAAACCCA